AUGGGAAAAUUAUGGAACUUAAUUAAAAAUCAGCUUGUAAUACUCUUAAUGAGUUUGCUUUUGAUUCUUCAAUGUAUUUUUGGUUCAGAAGAAUACUACUAUUUAUUUGUGGUGUUAUUAUUGUAAAUUACUCGUAUGGCUUGGGAGUAUUUUGGAGCAUCUUAAUUUUAAGUGGUACUUAUCAUACAAUAUUUGGGAUACAUGACAGUUCUGUAUUUAAGUAGUUAGAAAAAUAUGUUAUCGUGCAUGUGUGUGAUGUAAAUUGGAUAGACUUUAUUAUUUGAGAAUGAAUUCAUGAGUAAAUGGUUAAUAAUAUUGUUCUCGGUAGGAGCAGAUAUACUUGUGCUAUUUUUAUUUAAGACUGAUGAAAUAAGUCAAAUAUAUUUACCUUGCAUAUCAAUAUUCAUAAAGACAUUAACAUAAUUGAUCAACUAUCCUAAAUAAAAUGGAAACUUUAACUUCAAUUAAGAAAAUUUGUUCGUGGAUAGUAAUCAUCAUUCUACUUACAGAUUAUCAAAGGAUCGUAAUUUUCAUUCUGAUAGUUAACCUCCAACACCAAAAAAUGAACCUUAUUAAGUGGAAUUACUAAGUUUUUUUCCUUAGGGGAUAGCACUGGUUGCAUUAAAUGAUGAUGUUUAGUUUUGCAAUGAAAAUAUGAAAAAGAUUUUUGUUUAAGGUGGAAAUCAAUAAUCUAUUUUAUAAUCAAUAUUUAGUUUGGAAGAACAAUAGGUAGUAGAAUAAGCAGAGAAAUAAUCAAUAGAAUAACCAAAAUAAUCAAUGAGUUCAUUUUCAACAUUUCAACCUGUACCUAUAUAGAAGACUUAAUUUAUAAAUGCAGCUAGAUCUUAAAAUAAAUAAUCAGGAACAGUUAUAUAAUAGAAAUUAAAAGAAAUGCCAUUACCAAGAGCCAAAACAUAGCAUAAAUAAGAUACAUUAAAAUUAUAGGAUACUUUUAUUACUGAUUGUUGUGUAAGAUGAUCUUAAUAAUUGUUUAGGUAAUUGAAUAAGAGAUUCAAUUUAUGAAGAAGUAGAUUUAAAGAAAAGAAGUAUAGAAUUUAAUGAAAACUACUCAUGUAUAAGAACAUAUUGUUGUAUUGGGAUAUAUUAGAUCAGAGAAAUAAAAACGUAGAUAAAUAGAAAUUAAGUUGUAUAUUACAUUAAUAAAUGAUUGUCCUUUCAUUUUAAUAGUUGCACGAGAUAUAACUCAUAGAGAUUAUAUUAGAUCAUUAAAAAAUUAUAGUAAUUAGAAAUCAAAAAUGUUGGCUUUUGUUAGUCAUGAAUAUAGAACUCCUUUGAAUUGUAUAAUAGAUUAAUUAAAUGAGAGUUUAAGAGAUGAAUGUAGAAAUAGAUCAGAAACUAUAUUUUGUGAGAAAGAUAAAGAGAUUCAUAAACAUGUAAAAGUUGCUUUACAUACAGCUAAAUAAUUGUUGAAUCUUUCUGAUGAUCUUCUUGAUUUAGCUUAGAUUAGAGAAGGUAAAUUUUAGGCAGUUAAAAAAAAGUUUAAUUUAAAGAAUAUGAUGAAAAGUUGUCUUGAAUUAUUUUCUGCUACUGCUGAAAAAUAAUAAAUAGUUUUGUCUUUAAAUUAUAAUGCACAUGUACCAAAGAUAAUAGAAUAAGAUUCAAAUAGAAUUAAAUAAAUAAUUAUGAAUUUAUUAGGAAAUGCAUUUAAAUUCACUUAAAAAGGAAAUAUUACAUUAGAAGUAACUUAAGGAUAAGAUAGAAAGAAAAUAACUAUUUCUGUAAUAGAUACAGGUAUAGGUAUUUCAGAUGAUGAUAAAAUUAAAUUAUUUAAAGCAUUUGCAAAAGGUAAUAGUGAAGAGAGUAAAAAAAUGAAUACAUAAGGUGUUGGAUUAGGAUUAUUAAUCAGUAAUUAAAUAUUAUAAAAUCUUAAUGGAGAUAUUUAAAAUGGAUUAAAACUACAUUCUUAAUUAAAUAAAGGAUCUACAUUUUAUUUUACUAUAUAAAUUUGUGAUGUACAAGAAACAUUUUCAUUACAUGAUUUAUAAGAACAUAAUUAAGAAAGUGAAAAUUCAGAAUAAAAUUCUUAUUUUAUUCCUGAUGAUGAAAAACCUUAAUAAUUGAGAAUUAUAACAAAGAAUUUAAAUAUUAAAGCAUCAACAAAAGUUUCGAUUGGAGAUCCAAAAAUAUUAAUUGUAGAUGAUGUAUAAUUAAAUGUUGAAAUGAUUGCACGUAUGAUAUAAGAUACAGCUGUAGAUUGGGCUUUAAAUGGAUAUUAAGCAAUAUAAAAAUGUAAAGAAAGAAUCAAACAUAAUCAGGAAUUUUAUAAGGUUAUACUUAUGGAUUUAGAAAUGCCUAUUAUGAAUGGAUUUUAAGUAUCUAAAGCAAUUAUUACUUUAUGUUCUGAAUUAGGAGCAUCUACAACAAUUAUUGGGUGUUCGGCGUAUGACUCAGAGGAGUAGAUGCAAGAAUGUUUAAAAGUAGGAAUGACAGCAUACUUAUAAAAACCUGUUGAAUAGAAAGCACUUAAAAAAAUCUUAUUUAAGUAUCUAUGA